GUUAUGGCGUGGAACAAGUAUGAGCCACUGACACAUCUUCAAACAAAAGUAAGAGAUAAAAUCCGUAGGCACCGCACAACUGAGAUAGUUGCAAUUCACCACCAUGGCACUUGUUCAACCCUCUGCUUCUCUUACUCUCUCCGUUCGUGAUGCAUGUGUUUUCACUGCACCAAAAUACCCUCCCACCGCUCACUUUCCUCACAGGAAUUUGAUUACAACUCGAGCAUCAUUCAUCGCUGGUUCCCCACUCUUGAUUCGAAAGAAUCAUGGAAGGAAGCCCACAUGCAAAGCAAUGCCUGUUUCGAUACGAUGUGAGCAAAGCACCCAGCAAGGGAACAGUUUGGAUGUGUGGCUAGGCCGGCUAGCCAUGGUUGGCUUUGCAGUAGCCAUCACUGUUGAAAUUGCCACUGGGAAGGGACUCCUAGAGAACUUUGGACUAGCAACGCCCCUUCCUACAGUUGCCCUCGCAGUAACAGCACUUGUGGGUGUCUUGACAGCAGUUUUUAUCUUCCAGUCAGCCUCGAAGAAUUGAUCACAUAUUUAGACUCGUCGUACUUGUUGUAAAUUAUGAAGCUCAGAGGUUUCGUUUGUUGGAGAUAAAAUUUCAUCAUUCUUUUUCUGUAUUAUUUGAUGAAAAAAUUAAUUGGCAUUGAAGCAUGAAAAGUCACAAAUGUCAAAGUAUGACAAUCCACUUAGAUGUGUCUAUCAGAUGAACUUUCUCACCAUACAUAUAGAUCAAAGUAUAAAAAUUCUCUUUCUUCAGGUCCA